AGAGACCUCUUCUCCUACAGGGACUUCUUUAAAUGUGACAAUUAUAGUGGACUACUGGUACUCUGAGAAAUCCGACUACAAUUACGACACCAAUACCUGUACUAAAGUCUGUGGCCAUUAUACUCAAGUUGUUUGGGCCAACUCUACGGCUAUCGGUUGUGGAGUCCAGUUCUGUCCAGUACUGGACAGUUCGUCAAUGAACAACAGUUACUUUGUCGUCUGCCAGUAUGGACCAGGAGGUAAUGUUAACAAUCAGUGACCGUAUACAAAAGCUUCGACUACUGCUAGUAAUGCUACUGUGACUACUGCCUCAGGUGCACUAACAGACGCUACCACUACAACUACCUCUGCUACUAUGGUCACUGCGGCCACCGCCAAAUCUGGCUUCAACGCAACGGAAGUGAGUGGAAUAGUGAGCCGACACAACAAGUUAAGGGCUGACGAACCAAGUACCGACAUGUUAAACAUGACUUGGAAUACAGCUCUAGAGAGCAAUGCUCAGAGUCACGCCUCUAGAUGUAACUUCUCACACAGCAGUGGAGCUAACAGAACAAAUGUGGGAGAGUUUUCUUAUGCUGGAGAGAAUCUCUACGCCUCAUCAGGAACUUUGAACGUGAAUAGUUUUGUAGACAGUUGGUACUCUGAGAAGUCUCAAUACAAUUAUGAUGCCAACAGUUGUUCUGGGACGUGUGGCCAUUACACACAGGUUGUGUGGGCCAACUCAACGGCUAUCGGUUGUGGAGUUCAGUUCUGUCCAGUACUGGCGAGCUCAUCAAUGAAGAACAGCUACUUUGUCGUCUGCCAGUAUGGACCAGGAGGUAACAUUGCUGGCAAAAGACCAUACACAAAAGCUUCGUCGUCUGGACUUUUCCCGCCAAAUCUUUCUCUGACCUAUACCAGUCUUGCACUUGUAUGCUUCUUAUAUGUCAAAAGCAAUCAUUGAUGAAAGAAGAGUUACAU